GGCAGUGGUGUUAUGACUCACAGGACCCCCAGUGCGGCCCCAGCCACUGGAAGGAGCUGAAAGCCACAUGCGGUGGCAGCAAGCAGUCCCCUGUGAACAUCGACAGGCGCCGGCUGCAGCGGGACCGGGGCCUCGGGGACAUCCUCUUCGAAGGCUACGACCAGGCCCCCCCGGGCAAGUGGAGGUUGGCAAAUGAUGGGCACACAGUGAUGCUGAACCUGGCGAGUGAGUUGGUCUCUGAGCACAUCACCAUCAGCGGCGGGGGCCUCCCCGGCAGGUACCAGGCACUGCAGCUCCACUUCCACUGGGGUAGCCCAGUCAGGAAUGGCUCCGAGCACACUCUUGAUGGGUGCCAGCUCCCCAUGGAGAUGCACGUUGUCCACAUGAACACUAAGUACCAGACGCGGGCAGAGGCCAAGGGGCAUCCCAAUGGGCUGGCUGUCCUCGGCUUCUUCUUCCAGGUCUCCGAAACUCCUAACACCAACUACAACACCAUUGUGGCGGGGCUGAGGAACAUCUCCCAUGCAGGGGACUCUGUGGAUUUGGCCUCCACUUUCCGCCUGAGCACGCUCCUGCCACGUGCUGGCCGGCUCUCCGGGUACUACCGCUACCAGGGCUCCCUCACCACCCCUGACUGCAGCGAGGUCGUCGUCUGGACUGUCUUUGAGGAGCCGGUGGAGAUCGGUCGGGAGCAGCUGCAGGCCUUCGUCAGCACCCUCCACUUCCCGGCUGUUGGCUCCACGCUUCCCAAAAUGACCAACAACUUCCGCCCGCCGCAGCCCCUCCACAGCCGAAAGGUCUUCGCCUCCCGGGCAGCCACAGCCAGUGGAGUGUCCCCACACAGGGUCCCGCACCAGCUCCUCUCCCCACUGCUCCUCCUGACCCUGCUCGGCCCCUCCUUGCCAACCCCAUAA